AUGAAACACCGGGAGGAACAGGAGGAUGCGACAGUCUCUGCUUUCAGCACUCUCAUACGUCAGCAUGGGUGCGAGUCCUCUCUGGACGAUGGUCUCCAGCCCCCAAAGAGGUUCAAGGGUGACCCAGGCUCUCUGAACGACCCCCCUGCUGCCACCAGCCUGCUCGUGGCCCUGAUAGAGGGGUUAAAGCAAACCUACCGGAGCAUCGCCCAGCCCCGCGCCAGGUGCUAUGCCUUGGCCAACCUGGUGGAGCUGCUGACCGCCUUCACCGAGCUAGAGGCGGAGGGCAGCCCCCUCCCUGUUGUGGAGUACCUGGAGAAGAUCAGCUCUGUCGUCAGCCUCUGGACAAGCGACACUGAGAGCCAGUUCCACCACAGCGGGCUGGACGAGAAGGUGAAGGAAGCAGAGAGAAGCAUGAGCCUCUUGCCCAUGGCCAAGCUCUCUCGUGAGGAGCUCUUUGGUGGCUUGGACUUUCUCUGCAGGCUGUUGCAUGCCUGGGGAGAGGAGCUGCAGGGCACCCUGAGCAGCUCUGAGGGGCUCUGCUAUGAGAGCUACCGGCUCCUGGACACUCUUACCACCCUUGGGAAGAACCUGGUUUGCUUCUCAGAGACUGGAGACCUGGGUGAGCAUGAGACACGCGUAGUGUUAGAGCUAACACAGGUCACUAAGGACUUUCUCAAGGAGACCAGUGCCAGCCUGAAGGGCAAGGAUUUGGAUGCCAGCCUUGUGUCUUCAGUUGCCAUGACAAUCAUUGAGCAAAAGCUGGACCGGCACGUGGAGAUGUGCUCCGUUUUUGCUUCUGAAAAGACCUGGGCCUUUUCAAAGGACUGGGCUGACUGCCUUGUGAAAAGCAAAGCUCUCUUCCAGAAACCAGAGCUAGUUCUGAAAUUGCUGGAGACGCUGGUGAACUUUGCCGUGUCCCGCCAAGACAAGGAGGGCCGAGAGCUGCAGAUGCGAGUGACCCAAGCCAUCGUGGAGUGUUACACUGAGCUUUCGUUAACCGACAAAAACAAAGUGAUCUCGGGCGUCCUGGCGUCCUGGGGCGGGCCAGGUCUGUCCCUGAACUUGCAGGCUGUCAUGGAGGGGUUCCAGGAGGAUCUGAAUGUGACUUUCAACCAGAUCACGAAGAGCGUGUCUGAUGAAGGCCUGACCAGGGCUGUGGCUUCUGUGGCCAGGCUCGUGCUGCUGCACCCCGAGGCCACAGUGAAGCAGGUCUGUAACCUUGCUGUCGUCAACCUGGGAGCACACCAGUUCCUCGCGCAAAUCCUCUGCUCCUUUCCAGCGCUGAGCUUCCUGGAGACCCCCGAUGAUCCGGGCAGGCCGUGCAGCCUGGUGGUGAGGUGUCUGGAGGAGGCAGUGUGGGGGAGGCUUUCCACCGUGAGGGAAGAGGAGCAGUUCCUGGAGUUCCUGGCCGUCCUCAUGCAGCCAAGCUCAGCUGCCCCGCUCGUGUCUCCUGCAGAGGUGACCAAAGCCUUUGUCCUUCCCUAUUUGAAGUCAGACUGUGCUCAAAUUGACCUGAGCCUGCAGAUCCUCAGUAAGGUUUUGGGGAUACAGUCCUGUUCAGAAGAGCACUGGAUCAAAUCCUGUCACCCAUUCCCGCUUCUCCUCAGCCUCUGCAGGCUUCUAGAUGGUUACACAAAGUACUGGCAUCGGCCUAAGGACCAGCUCUUCCCUUUGCUGGAGUCCAAAGACCUGGUGCUGAGCAUCCUCUGCCAGCUCUGCGAGGUGGUAAGACCAGAAGCCGCCCCCUCCCCAGAGCUGUGGGUCCAGUCGCUGGCUUGGCUUCACAGGAAGGUGGCAUCACUGGACUGGACCAUCGGUCUCCGGCUGAAGAAGCUUUAUGGAGACCACUUCAAGAACGAGGUCCCGGCAACGCUGUUUGAGAUCUGCACGCUUCCUGAGGACGAGUGGACGUCCCAGCCUCUGCCAGCGUAUGGCCCGGGCAGCGGGCUCCUGGCGUGGAUGGAGGGCUGCACAGCACUCAGGGAGACAAUGCUGACGCUCCUCACGGUCAACGUGGACAACCCUGAAGAAGUGAAUCUUUUCAGCAAAGGGUUCCUGGUGGCCCUCAUUCAGGUCCUCCCUUGGUGCAGCCACAGCGAGUGGAAGAGGCUCACGCACGUGGUGGAAAACCUGCUGCAGAGGCAAGUCCUGCACGUGCCGUACACGCUGGAGUACGUGCAGUACAUGCCCCUGCUCAACCUCCGGCCGUUUGCCUGCUGCCUCCAGUUCUCCGUGCUCCUCCUGCGGGGCUUCCAGCUCCUCUGCAGCUCCAGCUGUUCCAGCUGGCUCCCGGCAGAGGCUUGGCUCCACGUGGUCCAGCUGUACUGCAGCAGCCUGACGGACCUGCUGGGCUCCGUCAAGAGCACCGCGGGGCUCCCCUCGCCCCUGUCCUUGGAGAUCCUCUCGCAGUACGAGACGUUCAGCGGCGCCGAUACCUCCCCCAGCAACGCGCUGCGGAGAGCCAACGAGAGGCACUUCCUGGAGUCCAUCACGGACAACGUCGGCGACGAGGCGCUGCGCGGCACCCUCCUGCAGAAGCUCGGCAAGCUGGGGGCCCGCUUUGCCGGGGAGGCCGGGUGA